AUGAAGUGGUUGCAGAAUCCCGAACUUCCGCAAGGUUGUGACAGUGAUCCUGCGAGCGAAGGUUUCAACAAUGCAACCAUUGAAUUCUUCAACGAUCCCAAUGUGGAGAUCUAUAACAAUACGGAGGAUUUGAAUGUACAAAUGGAGGAAUUUGAUAAUGCCACCAUAGGAGAUUACAAUAAUUCAGCCAAUCAGGUUUGCAACAACACAAAGUACAUCGUAUCCCCUGGAAUGAACUUAUCAGGAUUGAAUCCUCCUGGAACUGGAAUGAAUGGACUCCCAGUUUCUGGGAUGAACUUGUCUCCGUUGAUAGGAUUUGAUGUUUCCCAGUUUAUGGAAUCGGAAGCACUUCCACUUUCUCCAGAACAGUUUCCUUUGGUACCUAGUCCCUCGUUGCCCAUUUCUCACCGCUUGUCACCACUGGAGAUUGCAUACUUUGACUACUUCCACAACAACGUAUGCUCAAGGUUCUCCAUCGUGCCGAACAAGAUAAACACUUUUCUUCAGGCUCUUGUUCAACUCAGUAUCACCGACCUGGCAGUAUUGUAUUGUCUCUUGGGUUGGGGGCAAAUAAUGAAAGAUAGACAUUUAUCUAGAACGCCUCAUUCCAGUAACUCUUGCACUUCUGAAAGUGAGUUUACUAGGAAGCUGUUGAGUAUCCUUGCCAAAAGAGAUAAGACUAAUCCGAGUGAGUUGGUUCUGUUUCUAUUCUGCUAUGCCACAUUGAUGUGUAUUGAAAUCUCAGUUGGUGAUACAGAUGAAUGGUCGUGGUACUUGACUCGCAGCUAUAAUCUCCUUAAUACCAUGGGAGGGUACAAAGUGUUGUCCAAAUAUUCUCAUGAGGGGAAGGUAUUGGCACAAAACUUUGCCUACUUUGAUAUCUUGGCCUCCCAGUCCAAUGUCAAUGGUACUUAUUAUCCUGUGGAAGACUACAAUGAAAUCUGCUGUGUUGGCGGCUCAUAUUCCAUUGAUUCUAUGCAAGGCUGCAUUCGUCCGCUCAUUUUCAUUCUUGGUGAUGUAAUUAACUUGAUAGUUCAGUCAAAGAAUAUUGCCUCCAGUGAGGUCAAUGAUGAGAAUUGGCACCUACACAAUGACGUCCUAGUUAAAGCAAAAGAACUCGAAGAUAGAAUCGACAAUGCUUGCAUAGAUGCAUCUGACUUCAAGGUUUUAUCUGAGAAUGAUGUGAUUGAGAACCAUUAUACUUUGUUUGCGUUAUAUCAGAUGGUCAUUCAACUUUAUUUGAAACAUUCACUUCGACGCCUCCCCCCUGUCGUUCCAGAGAUUCAACUCACUCUUCGAAAAGUUAACGAAUGCUUGUUGUCCUUAAUUGAUACAUCGUUAGCGCUGUCGUUGAGUUUUCCCUUGUUGAUAGCUGGCAUCAGUGCGGUGAGACAGUCUGACCGAGAUGAAAUUUUGCGUAAGAUCAAUUAUAUUGUGGAAAAACAAGAGUUUGACAAUUUGACCAAAGUCAGGAGAGUUUUGAAAGAAGUGUGGAAGAUCAAUGCCGAAGGUUCGUUAUGCGUUGACUGGUAUAAGAUUACUAAGAAGUUUGGGUGGAGAUUAAACGCUGGAAGAUAG